GAGAGGCUGGCCAGGGGAGGCUGGAGAGGGCUGAGGACUGAGGGCCGCCGAACCAAGUUGGGGAACCUCUCAAGCCUCUGGGGCGCGAUGCUGCCCUGGGUGCUGGGGCUGCUGAGCCUCCUGUCCCCCUGGGGCAUAGCGGCAGCCGGGGCUGCAGCCCCAAGGCAAGAGCGCUUGGCCAGGACGACACUUCAAGCCCUGUCGGAGCAGGGCACACUCAUGCUCAAGGCUGUCCAGAGAAAGGCUUCACUGGCUGUAGAAAGGGCGGCGCUGGAAUACAGACGCAGGCUUGUGGGGUGCCAGGCUUGUGCCAACCACACCUCACCUUGCCCUGGGCUUCGGAGCCAACAGCCGCCCGUCCGACACCUUCCUGGAGCACGGAAGCCAGUGACGUGUGGCCUCCAGAGCCGCGGGACUGCCAAUGGGACGGGAGCCCGGGGCCGAAUCGUGGGGGGCAGGGCAGCCUCCCCCGGCUCCUGGCCGUGGCUGGUGCUGCUGAGGAUGAACGGGCAGCCCAUGUGCGGAGGCGUCCUGGUGGGGGACUCCUGGGUCCUCACUGCCGCUCACUGCUUUGUCAGCAGCCUUCAGAACGAGCUCCUGUGGACAGUGACCCUGAGCAGCACUCCUAGGGAUGGGCAGGAGGAGGGGAUCCCUGUUAACCGUAUUCUGCCCCACCCCAAGUUUGACCCCCAGACCUUCCAGAAUGACUUGGCCCUGGUGGAGCUGUGGGCAGCGGUGCCCCUGUCUGAGUGGGCAUGGCCCAUUUGUCUGCCCGAGGAGCCCAUAGAGCCCCCCGCGGGCACCGUCUGCUCCAUCGCUGGCUGGGGAGCCGUCUAUGAAGACGGGCCGGCGGCUAAGACUGUGAGGGAGGCCAGGGUACCCCUGCUCAGCCUGGACACGUGCCGGACGGCUCUGGGGCCGGCACUCCUCCCCAGCACCAUGCUGUGUGCUGGCUAUCUGUCGGGAGGGGUGGACUCCUGCCAGGGUGACUCUGGGGGGCCUCUGACAUGUGCCCUGGCUGGGCACCCCCUCAGGAAGGUCCUCUAUGGCAUCACCUCCUGGGGGGAUGGCUGUGGAGAGCCGGGCAAGCCUGGGGUGUACACCCGCGUGGCAGCGUUUGGGGACUGGAUCCGCCAGCAGAUGAGUGCCCCUCCUUCCAGCCGUGAGCCCAGCUGCCGCGAGUUUCUGGCUCUGGACUCCCAGGAGGACCCUUCUGCCGAGCUGGCCCACCUCUGCUCCUUCUACGAGCGCUCCUGCCCGGUGCCCGGGGGCACCAGCACCUGUGCCCGCCUGUCCCAGAAGAAGUGCCAGCUGCGCAAGAGGAGAUGCGAGCUGCGCUCGCUGGUCCAGACCCUGCUGACCCUGCUCAGAAACGCUCAGGACUUCUUCUCCCGUCACUUAGGGCUGCUCCGGCUCGCUCGAGCACUGCCUGGACUGGGCCUGGGGCUUCUCCGCCAUUCCUGGCUCCCUCCUCGAGCCCCUGGAGGAGAUGCCCCUGUACCACAGGGGAGGCAGGAUCAAGAAGUGGAAGCAGAAGGCUGCCCUGGGCUGGCUAUUCUGGGCCAAAAGCUGGCUAACCUUCGAGGAUCCUAUGCCUGGAUCCUGCAGGUGCCCCCUGAGCAGCUGGCCAUGGAUUUUCAGGAGAUCCUGGCUGACCUGGGCUCCAGGACCCAGAAGGGACUCUUCCAGGCCCAAGUCAGGGCAGUCAUGGGGGGUCGGGUAGUCGUCUUUGCCACCAUGAUCGGCCUGGAGCCUGCCACCCUCACUUACAGCCUCCCUGGUCUUCUGGCCCAGGCCUUGAGGGCCUUCAGAGCUGGGCCCCCAACAUAGUCAGAAAGGACAUGGGCCAGAUGGCCCUCUGCGACUGGGCAGGGGUCCUGGGGCCUGGCCCUACACCAAUGGAGAUAGCUGGGCAAGGAGAACAAGUGGAGGGGCGUCUCUUGGAGCUGAAGCCCCCUAAGGUGGGGCCAGGUGGCCAGAGGCCCCAGAGUCACCCUCCAGCUGAAGUUCGAUGGUGGGGGGGCUCCUCUGGCAGGUCCUUUUCCUCUGAGGAGCCUGUUGGGGCCUGAGGGGCCCGGGGCUGGCAGGGAUCAGGAUAGCGUAGUUAUUUAUCAGCAGAUCUACUGGGGAGGGGUGGGUAGAGGCGGGGUAUCACCCAGAACUAACAUUUCCAUAAUAAGAGCACCCCAAAGAGCCACCCCUGGGGGAACAGACUUGAGUGGACUUCCUCUGGAGACAGGAGGACCUUCUCUUCUGGAGGCCUGGCGGGGGGGCGCCCUGGCUGCCUCCGAUGACUCGUCUUCCCCUCUUUUCUAUUCUUUGCUCCAAGCCGUGGCUCUUUGGGGGCCAAAGUAGGGUUCUCCCGGGAAACUGAGGGGAAAACAAGUGGCGGCCACCUGGGUAAAGAAGGAAGGGCCUGGGGGUCCAGGGCCUCUUAGAGUGCUUGUCCCCCCAAUAAACGAUUGUGCGACCAUC